AUGUAAGAGAUACAUAAACAAAACAAUCUGGAUUCGGACUCUAUUUGUAUGGUAUGUAAUUUUAUAUUAAAAACUUAGAAGUGAAAUUGCGUUUUAUUUAUAUCUAUCGGAUCUUGACAGUGCUCUUAAUCACAGGUUAAAAAAGUGAUUAGGUAGAUGUAAUAAAUAAUUUAAAACUGUAGUAUUAACAAGGAUGUAAUUCUAUAUCAGAUGUUAUCAAUUCUGUUCAAAUUAGAAUAUAUUGA